AUGGCGGCGCACGAGAAGGAACUGGUGACGCGGCUGCAGCGCACAGUGCGGCACGUGAUCCAGGACUGGCUCGCCUCCUGCUCGCCCUUCACUUUCCGUACCUCCAAUCCCCGUCGGCCGCACCCGCUGCCUUCCUUCGCGGACCACGGUUUGAUUCAGUUCCCGACGAUUCGCGGUCCAGCACACUUCAUCCACCUCGCCGACUCGCGCGAGCCGUAUAAGUCGGAGGAGAGCUACUGCAAGUCGGUGCUCGACCUGAUGGAGAAGUACUGGAUGAUGGAGCCAGCCUCGGUGCUCAUAUCGAUCACAGGAGGCGCGCAGGACUUGAAGCUGCAGCCGCGGCUGCUCAAGGCGUUCAAGCACGGCCUUGCCAAAGCGGCGCAGGCGCCCAAUGCGUGGAUCUUCACUGGCGGCACCGACUCGGGCGUGACGGCGCUGGUUGGGGACGCGCUGUCGGACGCGCAGUGCUCCGCGAAGAUGGUCGGGAUCUGCACGUGGGCGAGCGUGAUGGGCAAGGACCGGCUCGAAGGCUGCUACGGCGGCACGAGGGAGAUGGUGCGCGAGGCGCCAAACAACUGCAACGCGGCCAACCUCGAGCCGCACCACACGCACUUCAUCAUGGUCGACAACGGCGUUUCGCCGCAGGAGGCCUUCCGCGGCGCCCUCGCAAACUUUCUCGGUGUGCCGACCGCGACGGCGCCACUUCCCGCCGAGACGCGCGUAGGCAAGCCGCCCUUCAAGGCAUCCUCCGUGCUGUCCUCCGCGAUCGAGCGAAUCACCAAGGUCGACACGCCGCAGCCGUGCGUGUGCGCGCUGCACGCGACUCUCUCGCCGACCGUCACAAAGUUCGACAACAACACGCGCUGGGGCGGCGAGAUCCCGAUGCGCGUGAUGCUCGAGAAGGUCUACUGCAAGCGGCGGCGCGUGCCGCGCGUGCUGCUCGUCGUCAACGGCGGGCCCGGCACGCUGCAGACCGUGCUGGGUGGCUGCCCCGUCGUGCUUGUGUCCGAUUCGGGAGGGAUCGCCACCUGCCUCGCCGACUUCCUCAAGGCGGCGGGCAAGGUGUCGGCGCUGCGGUCGUGGACCAAGAAGUACGAGGCCGAGUACGUCAAGAAGAAGGACGAUCGACCCAAGUGGGACAAGAUCCAGCGCGCGAUGCAGGAGAUCGCCGCCGUGCAGGAGAAGGAGAAGAAGAUCUCCUGCUUCGCCCUCGACGAGACGUCCACCGCGGCGCUCGACCUGCACGUGCUCAACGCGCGGGCGGUGCAGUGGAACCGGAAGGAGGUGGUCCACUCGGUCAUGCUCAACCUGCGCACCAUGGCGCCGGCAAACGACUUUGCGGCGGCGGAGCACUUCAUGCGCGUGCAAGUGGCGCACGCGCUGCAGGUGGCGAUCGAGCGGCAGCAGCCCGAGAUCAUCAAGCUGCUCUUCACGGCGCAGGAGAGCGCGGUGGGGCUGCUCGACUUCCUCUCGCUGUACAAGCACUCGAACCCCUUCUUCACCAACGCGGCGACGCUGCAGAAGCAGCUCGACCGCGGCGACGCGCUCGACGCCCUCGGCAAGCCUACGCCGAUCCUGUUGUACCGCGAGGCGAGUGCGCUCUUCGAGGACGCUCUGCCGCACCUGAUGCUCUGGGGCGUCUUCAUCGGCCGCGUCGACAUCGCCCGCGUCUUUUGGCAGCACGCGAGCCGCCAGUCGGACCCGAUCCGGCUCGCGCUCAUCGCGUCGCAGGUCUCGAAGCGCGCGGCGAUCGCGCGCCCGACCGCCGCGACGAUGUACCAGUCCAACGCGGACACGUUCGAGAAGUGGGCGUGCUCGGUGCUCGACAAGUGCCCCACCCAGAGCCACGCGACCCUCGUGCUGAUGCGGCCGUCGCGCACGUGGCCGGGCACGAUUCUGCAGACGGCGAUGAAGGGCGGGAGCAAGAUCUUCGUCGGGCAGCUGUACGUGCAGACGCUCGUCGACGAUUACUGGCGCGGCCACCUCUACGGCUCGGACGGCGCGCUCCACCCCAGCGUCAGCUCACUGCGCGUGCUCGCGCACUUCUUCGUGCCGACGAUCAAGAAGCAGGAGGUCGAGCUCGACGCGAGCGCGUGGGACAACCUCGAGCGGAAGAAGCAGAUCCAGGGGAGCUUCGACGCGCUGUACCCCUUCCGUCCCUCCGACUUCGUCGCCGUCGCGCUCAGGGCCCGCGACGUGCGCUGGGGCGGCGCGGGCACCUCCGUGGGUGGGAUGGCGACCACCCUCGAGGAGGUUCCGCCCUGCUGCUGCUACCCGAGCCCGUUCGCGCCGGGGGUCGGGCUCUGCACGCGGGUGUACAACCUGUUCGCGUGCUGCUUCAACUGCUGCGGGCAGUGCUGCACCUGCCUGUGCUGCCUCCACUGCUUCAAGUGCCUGCGCGGCCUCUUCCACAUCCGGUGGCUCAACAUGCGCUGGUUCCUCGCCGUGCCGCGCGUCAAGUUCCUGCUCAAGGUGGUGUCGUACUUUUGCUUCCUCGCCGUCUACACGACGUUGCUCUUGUCGCACCCGGGCACCUUCACCGUCGGACUGCUCGAGCUCGUCUUCGCCAUCUUCUGCUACAGCCUUUGGGUCGAGGAGCUCUUCCAGUGGUACACCCACUUCCGCGCCGGCGCCGUGCACUUCGAUUCGGCCGCCAACUUGAUGGACGUCAUCACGCUCACCGCGCAGGCGCUCGCCUCAACCGUUCGCCUGACUGUCGGCCAGCUCUGCCACGUGAGUGGGCUCGGCACGCAGACUAUCGAGCACGUGGGCAAAAACAGCAACUUCGACGCGCUCGACACCUGGUCGAACGUGUACCGCGGCUGCGACGCGCUGUGGUACGCCCAGGUGGUGCUCGCGGUGUGCGCCAUCUACGCGUUCGUGCGGCCCAUCCUGUGGCUGCAAAUCUACAAGCAGAUCGGCGUGCUCUCGAUCGUCCUGAAGGAGCUCUCCAAGGAAGUAAUGCUCUUCAGCUUCAUCCUCUGCCUCGUCAUGGCCGCCUUCUGCUCCGCGUUUGUCGCAGUCUUGCCAUCGCUUGGCGAGGACACCUUCGAUACCGACGGCGCAUUUGCGCUGCCGUGGUGGGCCCUGUUCGGUGAGUAUGGCGAUCUGCACACCAUCAGCGUCGCGGGCGGCUGGCUCGGGCCGAUGCUGCUGUGGUCCUUCUCCUUCCUCACGCAGGCGCCUGGCGGACCGUGCAUUGUGAUGGUGAACUCAAUGGUUGCCGCUAUGAUUGAUAUGCUGAUGGGUGGAAUGAAGGAGGAGGCCAACAACGAGUGGAAGUAUUCGCGUGUCUACGUCGUCGACGAGUUUGUGUCGUCCGUCUACUGGAUCCCGCCCCCCUUCUCGCUCCCCUUCCUCGUGGCCGAGAUCUCGAAGGGCAUGUUGGGCCUCUUUUGCAGCAACUUCGCCGGCGCCUGCCGCCGCUGCCUAGAGCUCAUCCGCCCGUGCUGCUGGAAGAAGUCGCGCCACCUGCGGCUUGCGAGCAGCCCGAAGCCGCGCCGCAUGUCGAACUCUCGUGCGCAGGGCCUCGGCUAUCGACGCGGCGCAAGGGUCGUGCCACUGCUCUCGGACACGCUGCCCGAGGCGGUACUAGACGCGAUGGCGUGGCAGGACCCGACCUGGCUCGCCGAUUUGCUCGUCGAGGAGGAGCGCGAGCGUGAGAACACGACGGACACGAAGAUCUCCGCGCUGCAGCUCGAACAGGCGCGCGUCACCGACAAGUGCCUCGAGAUCCAGGAGUCGCUCAUCAACCUGCGCGCCGGCGCCGCUUCGGCGUCUGGCUACGGCUCCGUUGCCGAAGCCGCGCAGACGGCAGGGGGCGGCGCAGGGAGCUUCGCUGAAGGCACGGAAGGUAGUGAUCAGACGAGCCUCAACUGGUCGACACCGGUCGCCGAGACGCCACAGGCGGUGAACCGGAGUUUUCCCAUUCUGUAUAUCACAAAUGCCUGCCCUCUCUGA